AGAAUUCAAACCAACAACUCCUUCUGUUGGUGCCACGAAAAAAUGUAUAAAGAACUAAAACCACAUGUUUCGAAGAAAAAACUGGACCUAACACUUUUUAAGAACACUAUACCUUCGACGAUCCCACUUGAACGAAUAUCUCCUCUUGAUCCCUGCAAAACUAAAACGGUUUGAGCCAGGUAAUCUAAAAUAUUAAAACUUUUAAAAUUAUUUAUUGGUGUAUUUAUGUGUCGGUGUGUGAUCGGUAAAUUUUAAAAACGAAAAAAUGGCUUGCAACUACAUGCCUCCAUCGCAACCGAUGGAGAUCGCGAAAAAUUCCGAUACGAUGUCGGAGAUAUCGGAAACGGGCACAACGACUUCAGGAUGGAACUCAAACUGGGACUCAAAGGAAGAACUGAAGGAUUUCGUGACGAAAUUAGGACUCAAAGACGUAGCUGACUUAUACCAGGACCGUUUCAGAGUUGAUAGGAAAAAGUUGGAACAUAUGCUUACAGGUGAUAAUGAAGCACUCAUUCCAGCAGAUGUAUUUUUCGCAAAAAUUAUGGAAGACACUGACACAUAUAUUACAUGGCCCAACCGGUUGAAAAUAGGAGCGAAAUCGAAAAAAGAUCCUCAUGUAAGGAUUGCAGGUAGACCAGAAGAUGUUCAAGCUGCAAAGGAUAGGAUCAUGACUAUUUUGAAUACAAGGUGUAACCGUGUUACAAUGAAAAUGGACAUAAGCUAUACGGAUCACUCCCACAUAAUCGGUAGAGGUGGUCUUAGCAUUAAACGUGUGAUGGAAGAAACGCAAUGCCAUGUCCAUUUUCCUGACUCAAAUCGAUCUAACCCGUUGGAGAAAAGCAACCAAGUGUCCAUAUCUGGUGACAUUGAGGGAGUGGAGAACGCUAGAAGCCGCGUCAGGGAAUUAAUACCUUUGAUAUUCGGUUUUGAGUUACCGAUAAUGUCCCAAAACGUGGACACUUCAUCCUCGUACUUAUUGAAGAUUCAGGAACAGUACAAGGUUCAGGUUAUGUUCAAAACAAGACCCAAGCUACACGCAACUCUAGUGCUGGUGAAGGGCGUUGAGUGGGAGGUAGAGCAAGUGAAAAGAGCUACUUUGUUGCUGAUGGAAUUUCUCUGUGACAAUUUAGCGAGUCAAAUUCCGAUUCAGAUGUCAAUGGAAAUAUCUCCGCAUCAUCACCCGGCUGUUUUGGGCAAAAAUCAUUCGAAUCUCAAAGCUAUAAUGAAGUACACCAAUUGCCAGAUUAUGUUUCCCGAUGCCCAAGAUCCGAAUAUUCCAAACUUGAAGAAGAGCAACAUAAACAUCACUGGAAAUAUUCUCAAUGUUUACAAGGCACGUCAGCUACUGAUGGGUAGCCUGCCUCUGAUUAUAAUUUUUGAUCUCCCGGAAGACUCUACCACUUUAAGAACCAGACCAGAACAUAUUGCUUACAUUCAGACUAACUGUGAUGUGACUAUAAACAUAAGGCAGAAGGCGAAGCAAAAUACGAAGGCAUGCGUUAUAAAGGGCAUCGAAAAAAAUGCAGACAAUAUCUACCGCGCCCGCCACCUAAUCCUCGGCCUGACGGACCAACCAGUACACGCUGGCAUCCCCGCCAGUUACCACCUACCGGCAACGGCCACCUCCACUGCAAACUCCCCCUUCCAAGACACUCCCGCUUCUGCCAGCCUAGCUCCGCCCUCUGUGAGCCCGAUGCUGUCGCCGGGCGGAGUAUGGCCGCUUCCUGCCACGCCUAAUCACGUGACCACGCCUACGCCUCCUACCAACACGUUCGUCGGCUUUGGCGUUCACCAACCGCAUUUCCUGUACGACCAUGUGGGCGGAACUACAUCCAGGCCACAGAGUGCCGGGGCGGGACAGUAUUCUAUGGGCAGUAGCGGUUUCCACUCACUGAACCAAACAUCAAAGUCGUUGGAUCACAGCAAAGAUUCUACAAUAUCAAGCAACAGCUCUGGUUCUGUCACUAGUCCAGGGUAUGCUAAUCGACCAGAAAACGACGAUAAUGAGUGGGAAUCCGCAUUGCCCGUCUUCUCUGCUGGAUACCACGGCCCAACGGUGGAUAAACGACAGGAUAAAGUAGCUUUUGGUGCUUCUGAUUAUGAAAUCAAGCGUAUUGCAGGUCUAAGAGCAAUGCAGGCCAAACCAUCUCCCAAUUCAUACAGGGUACCUACCAACGCCUGGUGUGGAUAUGGAGUCAGUUAUACCAGCCCUAUAUCUGUUACCGAUAGGCGUAACAGUAAGGAUGACGACGUAUGGAAGAUGUCAAGCGGCAACGGUUCGAGACAGAGUGACAGCUACGCUUCUCCCUCUACAUCAGCGGCAAUGAACAUGAGCAACGCAUUGGACCACACUCCCAACCACCACGUGCUGAGCAACUUAUCAACCUCUGACUGGCGCGACCUGACCUCGUUACUGACCGCGCUGGGUCUCACAAGGUACAUCGCCAUCUUCACGACGCACGAGAUCGAUUUGGGCACGUUCACCACAUUGACGGAUCAAGAUUUGAUCGAUAUCGGCAUCAGCGCAUUUGGGGCUCGCAGGAAGAUAUUGCUGGCGAUAUCUGAAAUGAACAAGAGGACUACUCCUUUUGCUGCUGCCCCAGGUGCUGAAAGGUCUCCAUCUAAUUCAAGCUACUGAUAAUUAUUAUAUUAUUAGGUAAAUCAAUUUUUGUGUGUUCCAUAUUUUUGUCAAAAUAAUAUGGUAUGUCUUUGAACUUAUCUAUGUUGAGUGAUAGAUUAUUAUUUAUUCAUAUUUCUGUCGAGUUUUCAAGCUAGUUCUGUACUUCAAUUGUAAUGGUAUUUUUAAAUAUUUGUCAACGCUUAUAUGUUGUUUUUUCUGUUGUGAUACUCGUUUUAUAUAUACAUAUUUGAUAAUUGAUUAACAAGCAAACAACAAUCUCAUUGGACACAGAAUCAACUAGAUUUUUUUUGAAAAUAAAUGUAAGGCAUAAAGAUGGAACUAUAUCUGUUAUGUCUGCCUACAUAAAAUUCAAAAAAGUCUAAGGCAGCAAUCUGAAGGCAGAUUUGGAGAAUAUCAGAAAACUGUCAUAGUGUCUAUUUUAAUGAUUUCGAUAAAAUGUUGACAGCAAAAUAAGUCAUGUAUUUUGUAACAAAUGUAGUAUCGGUAAGAUACCAUCAAUUUUUCGAAUUCUUGAUUGUUAAAAGUUUUUUAGUUUGCCAUGUUUAGCUCACUAGACAUAACUGUUUGUUGACAUUGGUGUUGAUAUUUGUAUUUUUUAUAAUUUGUUAUAAAACAUAUGUAUGUUCAAACUUAUUCUAUAUUUACUUGUAACUACUUUAUGAUAUUCUUUUAACCUGCCUUUUAAGAUUAAUAGUCACUAUUUUUAACCAAGUACCUGUUAGUUUUUUACCAACAAAUGAUUGUGAUAUUUUAACAACUUGUUACAAAAAAAUACUUCUAUACAUCUUGUCAUUUUCAGAAUGUUUCUAUCUUAUAUGUUUAAUUAUUUAUGUAUUUAUAUUUUAGGUAUAGCUAUUUUAUAUGGAUUGAUUUUUGUAAGCAAAAGUUUUAAUUUAUUUUUCACUUUACUGAUUAUUGAUUGAUUAAAUAUUUUAAAUGAUGAAUUAAAACUUUUGUAUUUUGCUAUAUUUAUGUACUUAUUAUAUAAACUAUACUAGUUAUUUGUAUUAUUUAUAUACUAGUAUUAAGUAUAUUAAUUAUGUUAUGAAUAUUACUGAUAUACUACAUGUUUUUGAUACUGAUAUUUAUCUAUUUUUGUACAAUGAAAAUGGGGUAUGAGUUAC